AUGAUAAGACCAUUAGGAUACGAUCCACACGCUAAUUCGUCUGGCUUUAUUUGCGGAAUUUGUCACAAUGCAAAGUCCCAGUAUACUUGUCCAAACUGUUCAGCAUUAUAUUGUUCCUCAGAAUGCUAUAACUCAGAGAAGCAUUCGUCCUGCUCCGAGAAAUUUUACCAAACUAACAUUGAAGAACAUCUCCAGAGGGGCGAAAGACAUGAACCGACCCAUAAUGAAUUGAAAGAUAGAAAGAAAUUGGUAGCGCUUUUACAUCAGUAUAAUAAUGAUGCGCCUAAAUCUCAAAGCUCAUACGAAGAUAAAACCAACACUGGUCAGGAAUGGAAAUAUAUGGCACCAAAAGGAGUAGAAGACAGCCUACAGUCACUUCAAAGUGAGUUCAAUAUCGAAGAUUUACACAAGCUAAAUCAUGCAAAUAAAUCUGCAGAUGGCGAUUACGAAGAUGAAGAUAGACCAUUGACGCAAGAGGAAAGCCGGGAGUUUAAAACAAUUGUCAAUGAGUCUUCAACUGAGCAGUUAUUAAGUAUGUUGACACCAGAACAACGGAAAGAAUUUGAAAAUUUGAUCAAAGAUAGUAACUACAUAGUAGAUGAAGAAGAUGAUAAUAGCUGA